AUGGACCGUUCCCGACGGGCACGAGGGGAACGCGGGGCAUGGGCCAGGUCAUCUGCCGCAGCACUAGUGUGUCUGCUGCUGCUGUGUGCUCUCCUCUUGGCCGCCGUUACAGCCCUCGCAGUGCAAUGCCGCUUCUGUGAAACUGGAUGUGCGAUGUUUAACAACAGUUUUUACUACGUUUCUGCUGAACUAAAAUCCUGGGAGGACAGCAGACAGGACUGUUUAGAGAGAGGAGCAGACCUCGUUGUCAUUAACAGCCAAGAUGAACAGAAAUUCAUUAAUUCUUUCAAACAAACAAUGUGGCUGGGCCUGAGCGACAGGGGCGAGAGAGGAAACUGGACAUGGGUGGACGGCACACGUCUCGACACAGGGUUCUGGGGACACGGCGAGCCCGGCAGCCCCUCCACACCAGAGAGGGAGCACUGUGCUUACACUUACUGGUAUAACAACCUGAACAGCUGGAGUGAUGACAAAUGUGCCAAACGACGUCACUGGAUCUGUGAAAAACUGCUUGAUUUUUAAUAUUAUUAGAAUCCUAAAUCAGUAUAAAGUACAUCCAGUACCAAGACUGUCUUUUUUUACACAGAGCCAA